ACACUUUUCUACCAUCUUCCCGUCAGAGCUGCGUGCCCAGCAUCCUGAACACAUCUGCUUACAAUUGGAGGGAGCUCAAGGUGAAAGCAAUGUGAAAAUAUCUCUAACGUUGAAUGACAAGGAGACCAUCCUCAUAGAAAAAGACUUCCAUGAAGAAAACAUAUUCACUUGUCCUGACUUUCAGGUUCCCAAUCCUGAAGAAAAUGAGGCAGUCGGUACAAUAACUCUUUCUCUUAAUAGUUCAGGGGAAUCCCAUACCAACAGUAGUAAAGUUCUAGUAAAGAAGCAGCUAUCCAAAAUUCUAGUCCAGACAGACAAAGCCGUGUACAAACCAGGACAAGCUGUAAAAUUCAGGAUUCUGUCCCUUAACGAAGAUUUCAAACCAGAAAAUAUUUUGAUCCCAGUAGUUGAAGUACAGGACCCAGACAAAAAUAGGAUUAAUCAAUGGUUGAAUGUGAAACUCAAUCAGGGAAUUGCUGAGCUCUCCUUAGAUCUGACAUCUGAGCCCACACUGGGAGAAUACACCAUUAAACUGAAAGAUACAUCUCAUACCUUCAGUGUAGACGAAUAUGUACUUCCAAAAUUUGAGGUCAAUAUCAAGUUACCUAAAUAUGUUCUGUAUAACAGUGAAACGUUUCCAGCUGAAGUUUGUGCCAAGUACACAUAUGGAAAGCCAGUACAAGGGGAUUUUACAGCUUCUAUUUGCCGUCUAUCUUUUUCAUUUUAUUUUAAUAAUAUAAUAAUAUAUGAACCCACAAUAUGUGCUAAUUUCACUGGAAAG